AUGCUCUUCGUGCAAGCCUGGCCGUCCACGGGGCGGUUCAUGCGCAAGGAAAACCCCACCCCGGCUGAAUUGCGAUACCUGGGGUUUGAUCCCUCUUCGUCAAAGUUGUGCGAGGAGGCGUACUUCGGCGAUUCGCUGGACAUAUGCCUCCGCAGAUUUCGACAGGCAAACUACGGGUGGCCUUCGAGCGGCAAGGGGCUCUGGACGUGGGAGUACGAUGCUCACCCACGCCGGUUGAAACAGGAGGCCGAGCAGCGUGAACUGCUGGCUGCGCUGAAAGGGGCUCAGGAGAUGGAUGAGCAAUGCGUGAUUCUUGAGCGAUUGGGGCUGUCAAGUUUCUAUGAGGAUCCAGCGGACUAUCUCCGGCUUGCGGACCUUUACAGGGUCAGAGGCAGAGGGAGAGUGUAUGAUAUGAGGGAAUACGACGAAUGGCGGUCAUGGUGAACUGGAAUGGGGAGUAUCUACGGGUCAGUGGAGGGCCGUUCGUGACCUCCAGUAUCCGGACCAGAACACCAAUAACUUAGCAUCGAGCUUGGAGUCGGGUAUAGUACUACAAAUAUAUAUGAACUUCAAUACUAUAAUCGCCAGG